CACAAGACCUCAGCUCUACACAAAUCUAUUGUGGUACUCAGCAAGAUAAUAUGGUCAGUCAAGAGGGCACUAAAUACGAGAACGUUUCUGUACAAGUAGCAAAGCAUGGUUUGAAAGCUAUGAGAUUGCAAGAAAGGCUUAAAGAUGACAAGCAG